GAGAGAGAGAGAGAGAGAGAGAGAGAGAGAGAGAGAUGUACGGAUUCACGAGCGUGAGCAAGGGAGACUUAGAGGAGGGGACGCUUUACCCAGGGUUGAGCUAUGGAGAGAACGAGCUUCGAUGGGGAUUCAUACGGAAGGUAUACGGAAUCCUUUCUGCCCAGAUCGUACUCACAACGAUCGUCUCUUCUGCAACCGUCUUGUACACUCCCAUGAAUGAACUCCUUAAGGGAAGCCCCGGGCUAUUGUUGUUCUUCGCCUUCUUGCCCAUGAUUCUUAUGUGGCCAUUGUACAUGUAUCACCAGAAGCAUCCAUUGAACUUUGUAUUUCUGGGGCUGUUCACUGCAUCCCUGAGUAUCACUGUAGGGGUAGUCUGUGCAAAUACGGAAGGAAAAAUUGUACUUGAAGCAUUAAUUUUAACCUCAGCUGUGGUUUGUUCCUUGACCGGGUACACAUUCUGGGCUUCAAGGAAGGGCAAAGAUUUCAGCUAUCUUGGACCAAUCUUGUUUUCCUCCCUCAUUGUCCUCAUGCUUACAGGCUUCAUCCAGAUGUUCUUCCCACUUGGGCCAACAUCAGUUGCAAUUUAUGGUGCCAUUGGUGCCAUGAUUUUCUCAGGGUAUCUAGUUUAUGACACAGACAACUUGAUAAAGCGCUUCACUUACGACGAGUACAUAUGGGCUUCUGCAGUACUCUAUCUGGAUAUCCUCAAUUUGUUCCUCGCCAUCUUGCGGGUGCUCAGGGGUAUGCAAUCAGAAGGGUAGGAGGUCACAUGGUGUUUCCUGAUACCUGAUAUCUUUUAUUCCCUGACUUUUCAUUCAAUUGUAACUAAGAUGUAGCUUAGAAGCAUUGUUAUACAUCAUAUAGUACCCAUGUUUGCUUGAAAGAUUUUGAAUAAGGCAAGGCCAGCUUCUCAUCUCAUAGAAUCAGGCACCCACCAGGUGCACUUACAGCU